AUGCUUCGCGUUGGGUCAUGGCUGUAUGGCAAAAAGCCGGCCGCAGCCCAGUCGGUAGAUUCUUUGGCCGAGUUGAGAGACUCGGCGACCUUUAUCCUGAAUGACGAUGUCGAUAGUGCUGAAAAUGGCCUCGCCAAGGGAGAAUCGACCUUUCACAAUUUGGGCAAAGGCAUGGUAGCGUUUGUCCGCGCAACACUAGGCUUUGAGCAGGAUAUUAUGAGACAAGCAUCGGAACGGUUAAGCGAAGCCGAAACGAGUGCCUCGAACGAACAGUACCGCGCCCAGCAAAAUUCCAAUGCACCCAAUGCCUUCCACUCGGAGAUUUACGGACCCGGCACAGAGUAUGCUCUGUGCCAGGCCAUUGCGCAGCUAUUGAGCGCUGUGGUCGGGGUGUUGAACGAGAGUUUGACCGAAAGUGUCAAGGCUUUCUACCGGCUGCGCAAGGCGUACAUUGCAUUGGAUGCCAUUUUGAAGAUGGAAGAGAAGUUUAUGGAAGCGCACAAGCUAAAGCCCGUCCUCUCGGCCCGAUCCAGUGAUCUUUCCAAGCUGAGUGUCAACUCUGAUUCAAAAUUAGAAACCUCUAGCAUGGCCUCGUCCAUGAAAGGACCGUCAAAUGUGGACGCGGAUCUCUCAAAAAGCGUUGCCGCGUUGAAAAUCUCCAGAGAUGCCCCUUCUGAGCCAGCAUCAGGCACUUGCACUCCCGGCGGCUCCAAUAUUAACCAUGACCCCGACUCUGACAUCUUCAAAAAUGAAAUUGACAUCUUCAUCCACUCGGGCGCCAAUUUCUGUUUUGGAAUUCUCCUGAUUAUCAUCUCAAUGAUUCCACCAUCUUUCAGCAAACUUCUGUCUAUCAUCGGGUUUCACGGAGACAAGCAGCGUGGACUCAGAAUGGUGUGGCAAGCUAGUAAAUUCCACAACUUGAUCGGAGCCUUUGCUGCUUUGGCUGUUUUGGGAUACUACAAUGGGUUUGUGCGGUAUUGCGACAUCAUGCCAGAUCCGACACCAGGCGAGGAUGAUGUCGAAGGAUACCCGGAAAAGAGAUUGGUGGCAUUGUUGGCAGAGAUGCGCACGCGUUUCCCGGACAGCCGCCUUUGGUUGCUGGAGGAAUCGCGCAUGGAGGGGGCGAAUAAGAACUUACAAGGUGCAAUGGAUCUUCUUGUCAAGAGCAAAAAGAGCCCUCUGAAGCAGGUCGAGGCACUUUGUGUGUUCGAGAAGAGUUUGAAUGCUCUUUUCCUGCACAAUUAUAGCGCAUGCACAGAUGCAUUUAUCGAGUGCUCUGAUCUCAACUCUUGGUCUCGAUCAUUAUACUACUAUAUCGCCGGAUCAUGUCAAGUUCUCCUCUACCGCCAGUGCCUCAAAGAUGACCCCAAAAAGGCCAAGGAAUACGCCGAGAAGGCAAUCGAGUACAUUCGCAUGGCACCAUCCUAUGCAGGCAAGAAGAAAUUUAUGGCCCGCCAGCUACCGUUCGACGUUUUUGUCACCCGUAAGAUUGCCAAAUGGGAGGCACGGUCAAAGGAAUGGGGUGUUUCCUUGGUCGAUGCGAUUGGCAUAGAUCCCGUUGAGGAGAUGAUCUUCUUCUGGAACGGACAUAGUCGCAUGACUGAUACUCAGCUUGAACGGUCUCUGGAACGACUGGCAUGGUGCGAGAGCGAGGCAAACCCGACCUGGUCUCGUGAAGGAGCCGAGGGCCAAGCUAUCUUGGAUCUUCUACGCGCUGCCGUGUACCGGUCUCUGCGUAAGAACGAGGAAGCCAAGGUCAUUUUGAAGACCAAAGUUCUUAACCAUGAAAAGGCUACUUUCAAGGCUCAUUUGCAUGACAAUUGGGUUCUUCCAGCUGCUCACUUCGAGAUGGCGGCCAAUUUAUGGAUGGCGCGUCCUACUUACAAAGCUUUACAUGGUUCUUCGGGCGUUACACGGACAUCUCAGGAUGCCGAUGAGCCCGAUCGGUUAUCUGCCGAAUCACACAACGCCGGUACCUCUGGUGACACGGGGGCCGAGAGAAAGCUUGUCAGGGACUGCAAACUACAUUUGGAAACUGCAGCCAAGUGGGAAAGCUAUGAGAUGGAGGCCCGUGUUGGCUUGAAAGUAACGGCUGGUAUUGAGGCCGUGCAGAACCUCUUCCUCCGUUUACCCAGCUCGUUUACCCAACUCGGUACGGAGUACGAAGUGCAACAUCUUGAUCAACCCCACACGGUUGGCGCAAUGCUUCGCAUUUUAUCCAUCAAGCCUGAUUGGUGGGAAGGGACCCAUCAUGAAAAUGUGUCCACUCGUGCCCCUCUCGGUCCGAUAACUGUCAAUCGCCGACGGAUCACGGUUAUGAUGAACAUGGUCGCCUCGGAAUUGCUCAAGGAGAUGACCCUUUAA